GGUUGGGCAAAAUUUAAUUUUUGUUUUGAAAAAAGUUAUAAAAAAGAUUUAAAAGCGUAAUGAAAUAUAUAAGUUGCAAAAUAAGGGGAAAAGAGGUAUGGAAUAAGAAAAAACAAAGCCUUAUCCCAUAACUUCCACAAACUUGAGAUAGCACAAAACUAAGGGUAAGAAUCAGAAAUGGCGGCAGCCUCUCACCUAACCCUUCUGCCACCAAAAUCUCGCAGUCCCCACACAUUCAGGGCCACCGCUUCAUGCUCCACCGUCAACCACGGUGGCUUCAAGAAGCAAAUCAUGGGCGUGGCCGCCGGGAUUUUAGCCGCGUCGGUGGUGGCUGCCGCGGCUCCUCUGGAGGCCGACGCCACCCGAAUCGAGUACUUCGCCACCGUCUCCGAGCCCGACUGUGAGCUCAAUUUCGUGCGCUCGGGGCUUGGCUACUGCGACAUCCUCCUUGGCUCCGGCGAGGAGGUCCCUUUUGCUCAGCUCAUCAACGUUCACUACACAGCAAGAUUUGAUGAUGGGAUCGUGUUUGAUAGCACUUACAAGCGUGCUAGGCCGCUUACUAUGCGCCUCGGCGUUGGCAAGGUGAUAAAGGGAUUGGAUCAAGGGAUCUUGGGAGGUGGAGGUGUGCCAGCAAUGCAUGUUGGAGGGAAGAGGAAGCUUCAUAUCCCUCCACAGUUAGCAUAUGGGCCUGAGCCAGCAGGCUGCUUUUCAGGGGACUGCAACAUACCUGCAAAUGCUACACUUAUUUACGAUGUCAACUUUGUCAAUGUCUACUCCGGAAACAGGAAAGAGUGAGUUGCAUGCACAAAACAUAUACACACUCACAUUAAUUAAUUAGAGAGAGGCCCUGAUGCACAAAUCAAGUCAAGGAAAUCACUUGUCAAAUAAUUGGUAAUGCUGGUCGCCAUACUACUCUUUGUUUUAUUAAUGAUGCUUCACUUGAGCUUGUAACAACUAUUCAACUUUCUCAUCAAAAAACUUACUUGUGUUCCGCCUCACAAA